AUGCCAAGGAGAAAAACUGAGAUCAAGCACAUCGAGAAUGAGGACGCACGUAAGGUUUGCUUCUCCAAGCGCCGCCAGGGCCUGUUCAAGAAGGCUAGUGAGCUCUCCAUUUUGUGUGGUGCAACGGUUGGUUCUGUUGUCUUCUCAAACUCUGGUAGGUCCUUUUCUUUUGGACAUCCGUCCAUUAAUGAUGUUGCAGACCGAUUCCUCAAUUCAGUUGCUCCUGUUGACUUUGCUUCGGGUGGUGCAAGCCAUGACAACAGCGGGGCAGUAAUGGAUACUGUCCAUAGGCUGAACAUGGAGUUAUCAGAGCUGCAACAGGCUCUAGACUCUGAAAACAAGAAAAAGGAGAGGUUGAAAGAGGCUAUUGAGAAGGAAAAGGGCCAACCGAUGAUGCAGUGGUUGAAUGCUAAUGUCUUGGAAUUGGGUCUAGCUGAGCUGCAGGAAUUCCAAAAGUGCCUGGAAGCAGUGGACAUUGCAGUCAAAGAGAAGACGAACCAGAUACUAGCUGAAGCAAGGCAAACAACUCAAGGGUCAGUGCCACAACUACCUAUGGAGAUACCUUCCACUUCACGGUACCAGUUUGGUCAGCACAUCAGUGCCAAUUCAAUGGCUUUCACAGAUCCUCGUUCGAGCAAUGGAUUCACUGAUGGAUUUGAAGUCAAUGAUCCCUUGCGUAGUGGUGGUCUCCAAGAUGUUUGUGGCCUGGGGAAUUUCCUAAACAACCAGAAUCAUGGUUGA